AUGGGCAGCACGGUGGCUGAGAAGAAGCAGAAGAAGGCCCUAGCUUCAGACAGUUUCACUGUUAAACCUCUGGAGCCUUUCCUCAUACCAUUCUUGACCGGCCCGGACAAGAACUUAACAACAGAGCAGGUCAACAAUGAGAUCCUCCCGGUCUGGACAUACUCCUACAUCUCCGUGCUGGUGCCGGUGUUCCUGCUCACGGAUUGGCUGCGGUACAAGCCCGUGGUCUUCUUCCAAAGCGUGUCUCUGUUGGUCACCACCGCUUUACUUUACUGGACGAGCAGUGUGGCAGCCAUGCAGGCCAUGCAGUUCUUCUAUGGGGUCGUGACGGCGUGUGAUGUGGCAUAUUUUUCAUACAUUUACAGCGUCAUCGAAGUGAAGAGGUUCAAGAAGGCCACCUCCUGCAGCCGCAGCGUGCAGCUUUUGGGCUACACGGUGGGAGCGGUCCUGGGACAGCUCCUGGUCAGUCUGGAGCUGAUGUCGUUCCAGAACAUCCUGCUGAUGACUAUGGUCCUCAGUGCUCUGGCCAUGCUCUCAUCUCUCCUGCUGCCGAUGCCAAAGAACAGCUUUUUCUUUCACCAUAAAAAACCUCCAGCUGAAGACGAUUCCAGUGACAGCAAAGAUACAGGGAUUAAAAGUGGAGGAGGUGAUGAAGAGGAGGAGGAAAACAGCUGGAGAAGAAAAAGUCUGCCUAAAGUCCUCUGCCUUUUGGGGAAGGAUUUGAAAGAGUGCUACUCAUCCAGAUCUCUCCUCUGCUGGUCCGUUUGGUGGGCGAUGGCGACGUGUGGCUACAAUCAGACCGUCAACUAUGUGCAGGUGUUGUGGGAACACGUGGAGCCCUCUCAGAACUCAAGCAUCUACAACGGCGGAGUGGAGGCCGUCUCUAACCUCUUAAGUGCAGCCACAGCGUACGGUGUGGGCUUCACUGAGGUGACAUGGGAGCACUGGGGGGAGCUGGCCCUGGGGGGCUUCUCUGCACUGGGAGCAGCAUCUCUCCUCCUCAUGACCUUCAUAGGAAACAUCUGGGUGUGCUAUGCAGGAUAUGUGGUCUUCAAGAGUCUCUACAUGCUGCUCAUAACGAUAGCCAUGUUUCAGAUUGCGGCUGGAUUAUCGAUGGAGAGAUACGCACUAGUGUUUGGCGUGAACACCUUCGGAGCGUUGCUUCUGCAGACGGUCCUGGUGUCGGUGGUUGUGGACAGUGCAGGGCUGGGAUUAGGCAUCAUUCCACAGUUUACUAUCUAUGCAAGUUAUUUCGCAGUCAUUGCCAUCAUCUUCACUCUGCGAGGCCUUUAUGUGAUUUGGUCGCUCAGACGGCUGCCAGCUCCACAGGAGGACAGAUUCUAA